CGCGCUGUUUUGUUGUUUGAUGCGAGUCUGUGUAAUAAAUGGAAACACUGUGGGCAUAGUAGUGCAGGAAAGUGAAAGAACAUGGGAAAAUUUCCUGGCAAACCUUCGAAAAUUGUAAAUAGGAAAAGGGUUAAAGCGUCAAAGUGUUCUCCAUCACAAGAAAAUGAUUCGGUCAAAGCCGCUGAAAAUAUUUAUUUCGGUCUUGCAGUUUUUAAUGAAGCUUUUGGAAGUGAACAGGUAACAGAAUUUGUUGGCUUCUCUGCACAAGAAGCAAGAGCAGCAGUGGCAUAUGCAAGGAAGCAGCAGCGUGAGGUUAUAUCUGAGUAUGAAGCAAAUGGACUUAAUGUUUCACUAAGAGAAAAUUUUGAACAAGAACUUUCACAUACAAAGUUCAGUGUACCAUAUAGCUCUUCAGAACAGGAUGUUAUUACAAGUAGGACCCAUGUGCAACAUAAUUUUGAUGGUGGUGGUAAAAUUAACUCAAAGAGAGACCUUUCAGUACCAAAAAAAUUAACCUCAAGAAGUCCACCAGUGAACCCAAGUCAUUUAAAAAAUAAAGCUGCAAAGAAACUUCUUAAGAAAGCUAAGAAAUCAUCCAGUUAUGGAUCUGUUGCAACAGUAGAUAAUUUUCAACAAGAAAAAGGAAAUGGUGCAGUUCGAAAAUUUGUUCUUCCCUCACGAAGUGUCCAUUCAUCACGUGUUAUUAAGCCAAAUAAACGGUUUAUUGAGACAGAAGAAGUAUUAAGUGAUGUGAGUGUUAGCCGUUCUCCCAGUGUAAUAGAGCUCAAGAAACCAAGGUUGAUCCUAGACCCCCUUAAGAAUCCUGAACUUCCAAAGAGUGACAAGGAUGUUUCAGUAACUGAUGUCAAUGUUCUUGAACAGGUUAUGAAGGAUGGCGUGAAUUGUGAAAAGAUUGAACUUUUGUCUGGUCACAACUCCAAUGAUGGUAGCAAUAGAAGUCUUUCCCCACACAUUUAUUCCCAGGAGAAUUCACUUAUUGUUGAAGGAAAACGCCGGUGGAAACCAUCGUAUAAGGUGCAGUUAAAACUGCGUGAAUUAAACGUGUUUGGAGCAGGUACUAAUAGGUUUCCUUCAAAGAGAACUCAUACUUCCAGUUCUGGCUCGACCAGGAGUAUCCGUAGCGCUUCAGAUAAAGAGUUGCAUUCAGGGUCGACAGAUAGUAGUGACUGUGGAAGACUUGUUGCACCUACAAACAGUGAGGUGAAAUCAGAAAGCAACUCUCAUUGGACUGGAUCAAAACUCACUAGUGGCAAGGUUAUUCUCCGCAAGGCUCGCUUAAAGCUCAGUACUCAGUCAUCACCUGGAGUUGAUGGUCCAUUUUCUGUAAAUAUAAAUUCUGGUAAUGCCGCUUUGCCAGGGACAGUGGUUUGUGGAGUAUGUGGUGCUGUGCGAUUCUACAGGUUUGUUAAACAGGCCCGCAAGUUUGGGAUCUACAGCUGUGAGUCAUGUCGAAAAUUCGUCUCAAAAAUGAUGAAACGACAAGCAUGCAGCAAAGGAGGGAAAUUGCCUGUUCUGGAAUGUCAUAAAGGAGCAGGCACUUGUACCGUACCACCCAUUGUGCGCAGCCAGCAGUGGAAACCAGGUCGUGGAACCCAGUUCAGGUGCUCUUACAAGGCACGCUGCCCAGCCUGCUGGCUCAAGAUGUGUCUGCGUUCCUUCAACAUGCCAGAAGCCUUACGUGACAACAUGGCAUUAAUGCUACCUCCAGAGAUGCGAAAGGGACUCGAUAAAUUAUCUAGAAAUCAGUUGUUCAUGCGUUUUGAAAAUACCUCUAAUUUUGUGCAAAGUAAACCUAUGGAAACGGAGAAGUUCCCUCAUAUUUCAGUGAUGGAUACUUCUGGAUGCAAAUCGAAUCUUUAUCCCCAAAAAUCUGAAGGAAAAGGAGUUGGGACAAAUGUGUUCGACACUUCUGCAUGGUCACAACAGAAAACAGUUGUGAAAUCCCUGAAAGAACUAAGUAAGCGAGACAAGCAAAAGAACUCUGAAAAAGGAAGCCCUGACAAGAGUAAGAGGAUAAAACAUCUGCACCCAAAUAGAAUACUUAAAAAAGCAGCCAGAAAACUUAUGAAGUCUAAAGAUAAUCCUGAAUGUGCCAUGGAGCGGUUAAGAAAAAAGAAAAAUUCUGGAGUUAAAGUUCGGAAAAAAAGUGGACAGAAGUGUGGCAGCAGCCUACCUGGUUCUGACGUGACACGUCGUCAGAGACUGGAUCUGAAGGGACCCAGAGUCAAGCAUGUGUGUCGUAGUGCAUCAAUCGUUUUAGGCCAACCACAAGCAACAUUUCCGCUGGAUAAAAGAAUGGAGAAAAUUCAGGUCAAACCAAUCCAAGAAGUCAUCAAAGCUACACCGAAGAGUUCCUGUUGUGUGGAUUGUACAGAUCCUAAUAGUUCUGCAGUCAAAGUACAUGAUUCAGAAAAGAAUUCUCAGAGUUAUGGUGUUGUGGAUGCCAGCAGAUCUACAAAGAUGGUGUCAGCAUCUGUUGAUGUUGAGAGUAUGGACGGCAGUGAGGCUGUCAGGUCUCAUUCUUCUACAGACACAGCAUCGAACAGUCAAGAUGAGGAAACCUCAGUCUCAUCAACCUACCGUAGGUGUAUCAAACCUUCAGCUCUACCAUCCGCAACAGUCCCACCGCAGCCACCAUCAUCAAUGCUGCCAGUACCACCUCUGGCAAAAACAUUACCAAUUCUUGGGAAACGUGCUGUACCAGAACUGCAAAACCUUGUGUCUAUUGACUUCUGGGAAAGUUAUGAUCCUGAAGAAGUGUGCAAUACAGGGUUUGGACUCAUUGGCUCAGAGCCAUUCCGUGUUCGGGCUACAUGUUUCUUGUGUGGAAGUGCAGGUCGCGAAAAGCUGAUCCACUGUGCAUCAUGCUGUGAACCUUACCAUAGGUUCUGUCUUGAAGAUGGUCUUCGUGACACCACUUUCUUAGCUGAUGGUAAUAAUGGAAACAAUGAAGAGUGGCGAUACAACUGGGUUUGUCAACGUUGUACCGUCUGCCAUUCUUGUGGGCGUGGUCUUGGCCAGCAGUUGAGUUGUCAGCGUUGCCAUCGAACAUACCACACUGAAUGUUUGGGUGCGGAUCGUCUUAGUGGUAGGCUGCAUAGUCCUGACAGACCAUGGGUUUGCUCUUCUUGUUUACGCUGUAAAAGUUGUGGAUCAGCAGAUGUAACUCUCUUUGUUGGAAAUCUCCCCCUCUGCAAAAUAUGCUUUAAGCUGAGACAGAAAGGAAAUUAUUGUCCUCUCUGUCAAAGGUGCUAUGAAGAUGAUGACUAUGACACUAAGAUGAUGGAAUGUGGACAGUGCAAAUGCUGGGUGCAUGCAAAGUGUGAGGGGUUAUCUGAUGAAAAAUACCAGGUGCUGAGUUAUCUUCCAGAAUCUGUUGAGUUCAUUUGCAGGAUGUGCUGUGCAAUUCCUCCAGCUCCUUGGUGGCUUGCUGUAGAGGAGGAGCUGAAAGCAGGUUACCUUGGAGUGUUGAAGUCUUUGAGUAAGAAUCGUAAAGCCUGUGCCAUGUUGAAAUGGAGUCCCAAAAAACAGUGUUUAUGUAGAUCUGCCUUAGUGGCAAAGAGGCUGGAUUUUCAAGAGAUUUCUGACAGAGAGGCUGAGACUGAUGACCAGUCAGAUUGUGUGAGGGAAGACAUGAGAAUUGCUCUUAACUCAAAGAAGGAAGAAUUACUGUCAUCUCAGCAUGAAAUAAUCUCUUCAGAUAUAACAGUUCAUCCUCCUGAAACAAAGCUAGAUGAGACAGAAAGAAAUCAGCGUAAAGUUGAAAGAAUUUGUACUCUCCUAAGUAAUGUAUCACAACCACAAUUACCGAUGACACAUUCUUUGGUUAGUGCAGGAGUGCCAGAGACUGAAAAGAAAUUGUCUUUAAAUGUUGAAGGUUCCUUGCCUGAUUCCUCUAGUACAAAAGAUGCGUCAGUUAAUCCAGCUGGCACAAAGAGUACUGCAGAAAAGUCAUUAUCUUCCAACAUUAGCAUAAGUAACACCUUGAGACACCUCAGAGAGAAGUACAAUAUACGUGAGUGUUCAGUUCGCAUUGAAAACUGUGCACCAAAAACACUGUCAAAGCUACCACUCACAGUUAAAAUAGAAGAUAAUGACACUGGUUUCUCACCUGAUUCAACAUUUAGUGAGUGCAGCUCAAAAUCACCUGCUAAAGUACAAGUGGUUUCAAUGGCUACACCAGCAAGUGAUUCUGGAAUUGGCAGUACAGAUGAUGAAUUGAAACCAAAUUUUAUAGAAGAAGAGCAAGAAUGUACAAAAGAAGAAACUUCAGAAGCAGCAGUGUUUUCACCUUCAGUUCAGUCUUCACAACUUCUAGAACUUGCAUAUAGGAACAGUGGCUCUGUUGAUGUAGAAAAAUGUUCUGAAAUGAAUUGUGACAUGUCUGAAAAUGUUACUAGUGAAAGUACCAAAGAAUGUUAUUGUUUAGACCAGCAUAUGUUAACUAAACCAUCUCCUACACUUCUCUCUAUUAAAAAGAAAGUGAAUGCCAAUGAAUAUUCAUCACUGCUUCAGUUUCAUCAAGAAAUGGAACAGCUGAUUGCUAGAGCUCAGAGCUCUGAUUUAUUAGAAACAUAUCACCACACACUCAAAGAAGUAUUUCCCUGGUUUGAUCCUAAAUAUGCUCGAGUAUCCAUCAACUGGAAGGAAGGAAGACCAUGUCAUGAGGAAAGUUUACCGUCUGUUCCUACUCAGAUACAGCAGGAUCAUUCAGUUAAUGAAGAACUGAUUACAGAACAGAUCCAUGUGACAGGAAAUAUAGGAGGCACUGAAGAUUCCAUUCAUGUGACACCCAAGUGUGCAGCAGGCAAGAAUGAUGAAUAUUACUACAGUGGGUUUACAGUUCAAGAUUUGCGAACUUGCACUCUCUGUAAAGGUGUGGGUGAUGGUUUGCCAGUGGAAGAGGGUCGUCUUUUGUACUGUGGACAGAAUGAAUGGGUACAUGCUAACUGUGCUCUUUGGUCAGCUGAAGUAUUUGAAGAGAUUGAUGGUUCUCUGCAGAAUGUUCAUAGUGCUGUGUCCAGGGGCCGCAUGAUUCGUUGCUAUGCUUGUGGUAAGAAGGGAGCAAGUGUUGGUUGUUGUGCUCGCAAUUGUGCAGAGACCUUCCAUUUUCCAUGUGCACGGCGAAUUGGAUGUGCUUUCAUGGAUGAUAAGACAGUGUUCUGUUCAGCUCAUCUUACAGAAGCAACAGGAAAACCACUUCACCUGGAUAUCGAGUUUGAUAUCCGUCGUCCUAUUUACGUGGAACUAGAUCGUAAGAAGAAGAAAUUUGCAGAACCUUAUCAAGUGAAGUUCAUGAUUGGUUCUUUACUGAUUGAAAACAUCGGAGAAUUUGUCUCUGCAUCAGAUCAUAGUGACAUCAUAGUGCCUACUGAUUUUCAGUGCACAAGACUGUAUUGGUCAUCGGUGGAACCAUGGAGGAUCGUGCAAUAUUAUGUGAGGACAACAGUGCAGACUGCAGAGCCUCAGCUCAUCUUAGACAUGGGAAAGAAUCUCACAGUUGAUCACACACAAGAACAGAAGCUGGUUAAACAGAAACUAGAACAAGUAUCUCGAUGGCAUCAACAGUUGAUAAUCUCUCGUCAAAACAGUACAGGACAGAAAAUAGACAGUUUGGAAAAUUUAAGAACAAAAAUGAAUCAGCUUCCAACUGAAGCACUUGUUACACAAGAUCUGAAGAAACAGCCUAAUAAGACAGCAGAAGAAAAUGUUGCCAGACAGGUAAUGGACCAGCUUUUAGAUGCAGUUUGCAGCAAGGAUGUAGAUGACACCUGUUUAUCAGACCCUCAAAAUACAGCAGAUCUCUUGCCACCAGAACUGAAGGAUGCGAUAUUUGAAGAUCUUCCUCAUGACUUGUUGGAUGGCAUAUCAAUGCAGGAUAUAUUCCCAAAACUUAUGAGUUAUGAAGACAUGGCAGCUGUGGAUCCAAAAGGUGACAUCUGCUUUGGAUCAGAGGUUCCCAAAGAAGAGAAAGAGUCAAGUGAGGAUGGGAUCCUAGACACUGAAGUUGAGCAAGUGUCUUCAUGUGAACAGCUGAUGAAUGGUAAGAAACAUGAACAAUCCAUAUCAGAGUUGGGAACCCAGACAGAUCUCUGGUUUCAUCAGUGCUCUGACUCUAGAGAACAAGUCCAUGAGUUGGUCGAAGACUUGUUCCAAAAUGUGUGUAUGAAGGGAUCCGUUCAGAUGAAUAGUGCAAGAGAACUAAAAAGGAGUAAAUCAGAAGUUAUUCCACAGCAUGUCAGUAAAAAAACUGGAAGCAGUGGAAGAAGUCAUCAAAGAUCAUGCAGUUUGACAUGGAGCUGCAAGCUGGAUGGCACACUGAACAAUUCUGCUAAGCGACGGAAAGGUACAAGGACAGUGCCAAGGAGUGGAGGCGAAGGUGCCAGUAGCCUGGUAAUGGUUGUGGAUAGUGAAAGGGCACAUAUGCUUCAGGAGCUGAGACUUCCAGAGGGUGUUCUUGUAGCACUGGCAAGAUCUGGAACACCUGGUAUGGGGUCAUCUGUUGCCGACAGUGUGCGGGAACUAAAGUACCGCCUGGAAGGAGAUGCUGCAUCUAGUGAGGUUGCAGCAUCUGUGGGCCGGUGGAGGUCUGCCCACCAGAAGGAGGAGGGGAAAGAGAACAAGUGCCUUUUGUGGCAUGGACGUUCACAACCUCGGAUACUGCAGCUGGAUGGUGCCGUUGAUUCCAGUAGUAGUAGUGGCAGUGAGGGAGGUUCUCCAAGAAGGCAUGUGGAUGAUGACCUGAGCCCUUUCCCUUCAGCAGCUCCUGUCAAGAACUUACAUAAUGCAUUAACUGAUAGGACUGCAUGUGAGGAAGAACCUGUGAAAUGUGAUCGCUGCCAUCGUACAUAUCGUACCCGAUCCAGUUUUGAACGUCACUUGCCAACAUGCAGCAGUGAUUUCAUUUUGUCCACCAGUGAGAGCGAUUCAGAAAAUACACGAUCAAGUGAGGAAGAAGGAAGUAAGAAACCAAAGUUUCCCAUUGUAAAUCAUCAGAAUGUUAGUAGUCCUACAGUGAAGCUUGAAAAUGAUACUGUGAAACAGAGGAAAGAAGAAAUAAUUACAGAAAAUAAGAAAAGUAAAUCUGAAUUGAUUUCCUCCCCAUCAUUAUCAUCUCAUUCACCUUCAAAUCAGUCACAGCCAAAAACAGCACAGUCUUCAUAUAGAUUACAUGCUGUAAAUGGAAGACCAAGGGGACGACCAUCUUCGAGAACAUAUGCUCAUAGAUCUUCACGGAAGGACAAUCCAACUACAGUCAUGAACCUGUCACCUCAUUCUCACCAGUCCCAACACUCUGUGCCAUGUCAAACACACCCCAGCCAGCAGCCUGCAACACCAACUGUGAUAAUGCAACAAGUUCCGUCCCCGAACAUGGUGCCAGCUUUUGUUGAAGCGUUACAACAGCAGACAGGCCAGAGUUUGCAGUACAUUGCCACUAUUGAUGCCCACAACAAUGGAUACAGUAAGGCCCCAUACUUAACCACAGCUCCAAAUUCUCUGGUGCCAGGGACAUUCCAGUUGCAGGCUUCCCCUGAGAGUUAUGUUGGUCUGCAGAAUGGUGGCAUCUCAGUACUCCCCAGUGUUCAGUUGGCAACCCCUCAGCCAGCUGUGAUUGGGACACUCAUACAUCAAACUCCACCAGCAACAAUCCAGUGUGUAGCUGCUGAGCAGGUUGUGUUAGGCUCAACUCCUGCACUUGAGAUGUACACAGACCAGACAGGUGGCAUGUAUUUGACUAGUCAACCUAUGUAUUAUGGCCUGGAGACGAUUGUAAGUAACACAGUGAUGUCAUCAAGCCAGUUUGUGUCAGCUACAAUGCCAGGUAUGAUGGCAGCAAGUAGCAGCUUCUCUGCUACAACUACUCAGGUGUUUCAGGCAAGCAAGUUGGUGGAACCAAUCGUGGAUGUCCCAUCCGGUUUUGUGAUCGUGAAUCCUCAGGCUACACAGCUCCCUCCAGAGUCUGGGCUGGCCAGGGCAGACAUGCUGGCCUGUGCAUCAUCAUCAUUACCCAUGAAUCUUCCAUCUCCAGCUGCACCUCAGCCACCCCCCCAUGUCAUACCUCAAACACAAGCACCUCCAGUGCAUAAUGUACCAUGGUCUUAUCCUGAAUACAGCAGCCCUGACUCAUAUAUGCCUCCAAAUGGGGACUUUGAGAAUUUUCCGCCCAGUACCUGUCAGAAUGUAAGAAUAAAUAUGCCGCAUAUUAGUCGGAAUGCUCCAUGCACUCCAACAGUACGAACUCCUCUACCUCCUGCAAAGCGGCCCCCACCAGCCCCACCAACACCACCACCCCCACCUCUUCCUUGCAUUCCUCCACAGGCACAGCCAUUGACACAACCACUAGUACAACAUAAAGCUGAAUUUAUAAAAAUUCAUGUACCAGUCUCAACAAAUAUAAAUUCUGCUGUGCAUAAUCAGGCAUCAGAUUCUGCUAUAAAAACGUUUAAAACAAACAGCCAUGUGGAGAUUCCUGUUCACACCAUUAAUCACAUCUUUCCAUUGAAGCUAAAUCCAUCUGUAGGCAUUCCACAGCCAGUGCUUAAAACAAAUAAGGAAUCAGUUACGGUUGAGAGAGCUAAUAACAUAUCAGACCAAGGAACUGAAAGUAGAGUUACCAUAAUUCCUAUACCACAAAAUAAAACUGGGAACAACAAUAGCAAUAAACAACCGAAUUCAUUGAAAUUAGUUUUCCAGAAACAAGCACAGGAUGGUUACUAUAAGAUCAGUAAUCAGAAUCAUCAGUCUAAACUGAUGGAUACGCCAAAGAUGGGUGCAGUAUCUAAUCAGCCAUUGUCGGUGAAAGCUGUGAAAAUAAAACCUCGCAUGGUUGCUCUCAAUGAGAAACAAAAGGAGGAACAAUUUCCAAGUACACCUGGUAUACAGACCGACAGUAAAAUGAAUACACAAAAUGGUACAACAGACGCAUCACAUCUUCAGAAUGGAAAGAUACCUCCUUUCCAGGAGGAAAACUUAUUAGGUAGUAAUGUCUCACCAACCAUCACAUAUGAAGUACACUCACAGGAUGGCUUUACUUGUACAUCAUCUUCCAUCACAGAAGUAUGGCAGAAAGUGUUUGAAGCAGUGCAGAAAGCAAGGGAAUUGCACAAGAUGCCACGGUUACCAGAGAAUCCUUUCAAUGUGACUUCUGCAGGUUUGCAAAUGUUAGGGUUCCGGCACAAUGCUCUGCGAUAUCUAGUCGAGCAACUGCCAGGUGUUGGGCGUUGCAUCAAGUACAAACCACGUUAUCACAAGCUUCGCCCACCUGGACCUGAUGAAGAUAUAGAUGCUCUGCCUCGAGAGAACCCAUCAGGUUGUGUCCGAUGUGAACCUUUUAAGACACGAGCUCCGUAUGACAUGUUCAGCUGGCUGGCUUCACGGCACCGACAACCACCAAAGUUUAUGCUGUCUGCUGACAGUGAAUCCACCAUCAGCAACAGGCGAGCUACCAGUUCAAAUCUUCCAAUGGCGAUGCGUUUCCGACAUCUUAAAGAAACCUCAAAAGAAGCAGUAGGUGUUUAUCGUUCCAAUAUACAUGGCCGAGGAUUGUUUUGUCUCCGGGACAUAGAAGCCGGAGAGAUGGUAAUAGAAUAUGCAGGAGAGGUGAUUCGCUCCAUGUUGACAGACAAACGGGAAAAAUAUUAUGAAUCUAAAGAUAUUGGCUGCUACAUGUUCCGUAUAGAUGAUCAGUUGGUUGUGGAUGCUACAAUGAGAGGAAAUGCUGCAAGGUUCAUUAAUCAUUCCUGUGAGCCCAAUUGCUACUCACGUGUGGUGGACAUCUUAGGAAAAAAGCAUAUCCUGAUCUUCGCUCUUCGCCGCAUACCACAGGGGGAAGAACUAACAUAUGACUACAAGUUUCCAUUUGAAGAUGUUAAGAUCCCUUGUACAUGUGGUUCACGGAAGUGUCGAAAAUACCUGAAUUAAACAGACACUUCUUGUUAUCAGUAUUUUGAUACUAUUCUGCAGUUGAUCACCUAAUUCUCUUGGAGGCGUUUGAAUGACAUUUGGCUCAUGGUUUUGGGCUCCAGUUAAUUUAUGUAUAUAUAAUUUCCAAGAACUGGUAUGUAUGAAAGGUGCUUGAUGUAUACACUCAGGUGGCCUAUAUUGAUCAGUGUUAAUAUGUUGACAGUUUGACUUUUUUGGGUAAAUAACUCACAGAAUGACGGAUUUCAAAUAUGCAUCUCUCUUUGACAUUAUAAUCACUGUUGUGAUUGGGGUGAAGUGUAUGAUCUGUCCUGCACAAUAUUCAUAAUAGUAUGUAAUGAUUUGCAUUAAGCUAAUACAUCAGUACUCGGGUAGACAUUUUCUAAACAUCCAGCUGAGCAGUUGACACUAAUAGUUGCUUUUUAUGAUAUAAGUAAUUUUUGUACAUUACUGUAAAAAUGAAAAUAACAGUGUAAUGUUUAGUCAUAAAAGGAAGGUACUUAGUGCGUUCUAAAUUAAUUUUUACCACUAUGUGGUAGAUGAAUACCAGUUUGCACUAUUUUAUUAUUAUGAGGGCCUGUGAUUUUUAUAGUCAUAUCUUAAGAUGAUGUGCUAUCAACGAAAAUGUGAAUCCAGUUGGGUCACAAAUAUUUGUAUGCAAUUUAUCCCGUGGAUACUCCUUGUGAUAACUUUUCUUGUAAUUAUGGCUCCAAAGCAGCAGAAGGUUGCCAGGCAGUUGAGUUGUAGAAUGGAGCCAACUUGUAUAUUAGUAUAUUAAUACCUAAGGGUAUACAAUACAUAAGUGUGAUAAAAACAACUUUUUGAAGACUGGUGCUUCGGGGAACACCUUUGAACUUGAUAUUCUUUUCUGAAUAUUUUUUCCCUCUUGAUUAUUAAUCAUGGCACAUUCACAUUUCAAUUAAGAUUGCAACAUAGAUACUUAUAUUUGCAUGGUAACAUUUCACUCUUUUCAUUUCUGUGAGUCAGUUCAUGUACACCAUUACAGAUAAAUAAUACACUAUACUCGUACACAACCAGACCAGCUUUGUAAUAAAUAUGUUUUUCAUAAAGAACAAAGUGAAAUUA